AUUAUUAAUUAAUGUCUCCUCUGCCCAAGGAUACCCCUGCAGAAGCUCGAGAGGGUGCGUAAACUGGGCGACUUCCACAGGACGAAGAAGUUCCUCGAGAGCCGUUACUCUUCUCACGAUGUCGGCGACAGCAUCCUCGACCUCGACAAUUACAUGGACGCGCAGUACUACGGCCCGAUCAACCUCGGGACACCGGCCCAGGAAUUCAACGUCAUCUUCGACACAGGUUCCUCCAACCUGUGGGUUCCUUCCAAAAAGUGUUUGAGCGUAGCCUGCCUUGCUCAUCGCCGAUAUGAUUCCGCGGCUUCGUCCACCUACAAGGAGAACGGAACUGCUAUCGAAUUCCACUACGGUUCCGGUUCCUGCAAAGGAUUCCUGUCCGCUGACCACCUCUCUGUAGGAGACGUGCCCGUUGAAGACCAGCUCUUCGCCGAGAUCACCAGCGAGGGCCUCAGCUUCCUCCCUGGUAAGUUCGACGGCAUCAUGGGCAUGGCCUUCGUCGAGAUCUCGGCCCUGGAAGUACCCACGGUGUUCGACAACAUGAUCGACCAAGGCGUUGUGGACGACCCCAUCUUCUCUUUCUACCUCAAUCACAACAUGUCGGGCACCCCAGGAGGCGAACUGGUUCUAGGUGGAUCCGACCCCAACCACUAUGAAGGAGAAUUCGCUUAUGUACCCGUUUCACGUGUCGGUUACUGGCAGGUGACGGUUGAAAGCAUCUCGGUCGGAGGCGUUGCAAAGUCAUUCUGCAACCCUUGUGAAGUUGCUAUCGACACUGGUACUUCCCUCAUUGCUGGGCCUACGGAGAACGUCAAGGAACUCAUGACUGACUUCGGCGCCUUCCACAUCCUCGGCCCCGAAUACGGCAUCCUGUGCUCGAAGGUGCCGGAGAUGCCAAAUGUCACUUUCACCAUGAAUGGAUACGACUUCGAACUGGAGGGAGCUGAUCACGUCAUCGAGGUCGAAGACCCAACGACUGGCAUCAAGGAAUGCAUCGUGGGAUUCCUGGCACUCGACACGUCCCAGCUCAUCGUCGACUGGAUCAUCGGGGACCCUUUCAUCGCCAAAUACUAUUCUGAAUUCGACGUCGGGAACAAGCGCAUCGGUUUCGCGCAGUCUAAGUGAGACGUGUAUAAGAGGCGACUGACUCUACUGACUAGUACUAUAAUACUGUCACCGUCGAUAUACCUCAUGGUAUGAGACGGCUGGUGUUUAUAGAAGAGUUUCAAGUUCAAUAAAAUGUUAGUUGGUGUC